CAUACACGCACCGAAUAUCGGGCGAAAAUUUUUUUGUACUAUAUAAUCUGUGCGUCUAUGGCCACCAUUACUGUUCGUCUUACCCUAGUGAAUUGUGGAAGUGGUAGGGAUUAUUUAAUGUGGGAUGAAUACCAGUGUAAUAUAGAAGACUUUUUUUUCUAUGAGAUAUAUAUACCUGUGCCACGCCUAGUAAGAUCCAAAAAUUCAGUGUAAAAGUAUCACAAUUACAGGUAAUUUUGACAUUUUUGUUUUUAUUAUUGAUGAAAUCAUGAAAUUCAACCAAGCUAUUUUAUGUACCAUUCCAUAUGACUGACAAAUUGUACAUUUUUAUAACUUCCCUCUCAAUCAGUUUGUCAGGAGGAUAAAUCUCCUUAUGUUUACUAUGAGUCUGAAAGUGAACCCUGAGAAGCAGAUAAACGGUUAAUAGCAAUAUGCCAUACAUUUAAGAAACUGAUUGUUGUGCAGUCUAUUGAAGGUUUAGUUGAGAAAAAAGGGUUAAUGGAGCAUUGUCCAUUCAUACAUAUUGUAGUUCCUUCCUUGCCUCUUUUCCUGUAGGAGGAGACCUGUUUCCCUGGGAAAACAAGUAGUUUUUUCAUGCCAUUUCACACUAGCCUGUCAUAUUCCACUUUUCUUGCCUUGCCAAACCAAGAAUCUUUUGUUUAACCACACUUUAAUAUGUAAAUGGCAGCUUGAUGAAGUAGCAAUGGUGAAGAGAAGAAAAGCUACUAUCCCAUUUUUCUCAUGCUGCUGAAUCUACAAGCCAGACUGAAGUAGAGUGAAUUAAUCGUGGCUUUGUUUUUAUUAUUUCAUUGUAUCUUGCUGCAACAUGGAACACCUUUCUGGAACAAUGAAUGGGAUUCCACACUUUACCUGCCAGGUUGUUGCUCUUCUGUCAAUAUGCUUCUUCUGCAAUGUAUUUACCCAGAAUUCAGCAUCCUCAAUGGUAAGAUUCCGUACCCGAGAAGAAGUAGCUGUAGGCACUACCGUAGGCAAAAUAUCUGAAAUGCCAGGCUGGUCAGUGGAUGAGAGUGAAGAAUAUAAACUCAUACAGGAACCAAAGCCUUUCCCAGUGGAUGUAGGAUUAAAAGAUGGAACUAUUACAACAACAGGUCGUUUAGACAGAGAAGAACUUUGCAAACCUCAUGGUCACUGUCUACUUACUUUUGAUGUCCUUGCAACAAAGGCCUUGGUUUUAGUGCAUGUUGAAAUUGAGGUUUUGGAUAUCAAUGAUAAUGAGCCAUCGUUCCCAAAACCAGAGCUGGAUUUGGAGAUUUCAGAGAGUGUUUCACUACACCAUCGGAUACCGCUGGACAGGGCCUUUGAUCCUGACAGUGGGAGCAAUGCAUUGAAAGGUUAUACUCUUUCUUCAAAUGAACACUUUACUUUGAAUGUCCUUUCAAAUUCUGAUGGCACUAAACAUCCAGAGCUGUUGGUGGUUAAAGAGCUGGAUAGGGAAAUUCAAUCUUCUUUCAAACUUGUCUUAACAGCAUUGGAUGGAGGGGUUCCACAGAAAUCUGGGACCACAGAAAUUAGAAUUAGUGUCCUGGAUUCUAAUGACAACAGCCCCACAUUUGGAGAAAGCUCUGUUAUCCUUGAAGUCCCCGAAGACACCUCACCUGGCACCCUUCUUCUAAAUCUUACAGCCACUGACCCAGACCAGGGGCCAAAUGGAGAAAUUGAGUUUUCAUUCAGCAAGAAUACAGCCCAACAUGUUCUUAGCAUGUUCAGCAUCAACCCCAAAUUGGGUGGCUUAGUACUGAAACAAUCAUUGGACUACGAAGACAGGCGUACUUAUGAACUGGAUGUACAAGCAACUGAUUUGGGUCCUAAUCCUAUCCCUAGUCAUUGUAAGGUGCUUAUCAAAGUUGUAGAUAUAAAUGACAAUGCACCUGAUAUACAAGUUAAAUGGGCUUCACAAGACUCCAAUGAAAUUAUGGUGUCAGAGACUGUUCCUUUGGGUAGUUUUGUUGCUCUAGUAAUGGCCAAUGACCCAGAUUCUGGUACAAAUGGACAAGUGGACUGCCAUCUAAUUCAAGAACAUGCCCACUUUAAAUUACAGAGAGCUAAUGGCAACAGUUACAUCCUAUUAACUAAUGCCAUUUUAGACAGAGAGAAAUGGGAAGAAUAUCAUUUGACUAUUCAGGCUCAGGAUCAAGGAGUCCCUUCAUUCUUAACAAAAAAAUCACUGAAAAUUCGUGUGACAGAUGCUAAUGACAAUUGUCCUUUGUUUGAAAAAAUCAACUAUGAUAUCUCUGUGGUUGAGAACAAUGCCCCUUAUGCCCAUCUCCUUACAGUGCGUGCCGUGGAUCUUGACACUGGUAUUAAUGCUGAAGUGACUUACAGUAUUAUUGACUCGUUUCCUUCAAGUACUCCUGCCUCUGCUCUUGUGUCAAUUCACUCCACUACUGGACAAAUAUAUGCAUUGCAGCCACUGGAUCAUGAGAAAAUGACUGAAAUCCAAUUCUUGGUCAAAGUAGAAGAUAACGGUAGCCCAAAACUUAGCAGUAAUGCUUCCAUUAGAGUGUCUUUGUUAGACCAAAAUGACAACAGCCCAGUAAUUGUUGAACCACUUCUUAAAAGAGGCUAUGCAACUAUCACUGUUCUAGUUAAUCCAGAAACAGGCCUCCUGCUUUCCUCAAUGGAGAUAAAAAAUGUUCAGGCACUUAGGGAUGUUAUGCCUGAUGAUUUUUUUGGUGCACAUAAUAUAUUAACAAAUAUGGAAAAUAUACACCCAUUUGUUCAAGUUGUGGCCACAGAUGAAGAUUCUGAUGAGAAUGCUGAACUUACCUACCACCUGACAAAUACUCAUGAAGGAUUGUUUGCCAUAGACCAGUACCUUGGGCAGUUAUAUGUAAAUUCCAGCAAUGCCAGUCACCUGAUUGGAAAUGCCAAGGAGGUGGAAGUUUUUGUCAGAGACAAUGGAAUCCCUCAGCUGGAAACCAAGGCUCAUCUGAAAGUUAUGUUUAGCAACCAUCUUGAUCACCUGAAGAACUCAGGAACUGGAUUUGGUGGGAGUUUAAGUGCUUCCAUGGUUAUAGUUAUUUGUCUGGCUGUUCUGCUGGCUGUAUGUCUCUUAGUUUUAGCACUUAUAAUGUCUUUCUGCAGGGUAGAUAGGAAGGACAAUAGAGCAUAUAACUGCAGGGAAGAGGAAUCAGCAUACACACAUCAGCCCAGAAGACCUCAGAGGCAGAUCCAUAAGGCUGACAUCCAUGUUGUACCAGUGCUGAGGGGAAGAAAACACCUUGGAUCACCAUCUGAAACUCACAAACCAUUUCCUUUGACUGAUGAAUGUAAAGAAUUCCCCGAAGAUGAUGCACUUCAUACUCCAUUUCAUCUUACUCCUACACUGUACCGUACUCUAAGGAACCAACACAAUCAUGAAACAAUUAAUGAUGUACAAGAUGUGGAUCAGUCCUUUUCAUUGCCUCUCUCUGUUUGCCAAACUCUACAAUAUCAGAGACAAAGGAGCUGUUCAAGGGAGAAUCUUCAUGAUUUUAAUAGCACACUUCCUGCUUCUUCCAAAAUCUUAAAGAACCCUGGAAGCCCUCAAGUGAGACUGGAUGACUACCCUAGUUGUUCUGAGCCACUGCUAUACAACAAGAAAGAUGUGUACCCUGCUACAUCACCAACUCUUAGAAGGCAAAGGAAUAGAGAGGACUCAUCUCAUGAGCAGAUCUUGAGGAGCCUGGUACGACUGUCUAUGGCAGCUUUAACAGAAAAAGAAGCAAUAGAACUCACAAUGCAAUCGCCACAUGUGCAGCAAAUUUCACAGCUACUGUCUCUGCUUCACCAAGGACAAGUACAUCCUAAGACCCUUCACAGAGGGAACAAGUACUCUAAAGCAAAUAGGUCUGCAUGCCACGAGACUGACUGGCAAAGUACAAAGGACAGUGGUAAUGGAGAGAGUGAAGCAGGAGACCUGGACUCGGAACCAGGGGUUGACCUUCCCAGCAGUCAGCAGUUAUUAGAAAACAGCUUGGAGAUUAUGCUAGGAGACUCUGGAGGUUUAGAAAGUAAUCGGCUGAGUGAUCUAGACCCAGGAUGGAUAGCUCGACUUUCCUUGCCUUUAAACAACAACUACAAAGACAAUGUUUUCACUCCAAAUUCACCGGUUCUUCAACAGCCUCUGAUAACAACAGAGGAGAGAGAAGAGCUUAAAACCUUCUUGACAUUCGGUAAAGCUUCAGAGGGCUCCCAAGGCAACAGACUUGCCAGCACCUUUCUUUCUGAAAUGAGUUCUUUGUUUGAGAUGCUGCUAAACCAGAAAGCCGAUUCCCAUGGGGAUCCAGCAUCAGAAGUUCUUAUGAGACUUUCAGGCUGCAGUAAGACUGUCAGUGGACAGUAGAAAAAGUGAUGAAACCAAGAAGUAAUAGGCUCCAGCAUAAAGGACUGAUAAAAAUAGCCAUACUAGCGCAACACUGUCAGCAGGGGGUGUUGGGUGAGCAGAACGGGAAUUUUGGCUCAAGAGGGGGGCCUGAAGGGGGCCAUUUGGUAGGGGGGACCCUGAUGCAGCAGCUUUGGUGGGCCCAGACCUCCCCAGUCUGACACUGCAUCAAAACAUAUUGUUGAACUGUGCACUUAUGCUAUUUCUAUUUCUAUAUUGUAUGUAACUGAAAAAGCUGGUGAUUAUCCAACAUCUUCUCUCCAUUACAGGCUGUCUCAGCAGAUUUCUUACUUCAAUGAGCCAUUGCUGUAAAAUAUAUCAAAUACCUGUGACUUAAGGUUAUAUGACUUACAUGUGUAUCAUGGAAAUAAUCUCAUGUGCCAUACUUGCAGAGACAACAAGAAAACGUUAUGUACCACAUUCCAACAAUGCACUGCUACACAUUUAACAUAUGCCAGAAACAGAAACAUUAAUAUAGGAAGGAGGCACAGGAUACCUUUUUGCAAUUAACAUUACUUUUAGAUUUCACAAUAUUAGUAAUAUUUAUACUGCUUAUAUCACAAAAUGUAUUCUCAGAGUCUUAAUUAAUUUCCAACUACAGCAACCCUUUCUUUAUACUGACUGAUCAGAACUAGACAUGGUCCCCAGGUGUGCAGUGGGGCUUAUCCAGUUAAUUAAAUGAGGGGUUUGCCAUCUCUGUAUGGUGCUUCUGACAAAGGUUAUACAGGUAUGGGACCAGAUAUCCAGAAUGCUCUGGACCUGGGGUUUUUCCGAAUAACGGAUCUUUCUGUAAUUCGCACCUUCAUACCUUAAGUCUAUUAGAAAAUAAUAUAAACAUUAAAUAAACCCAAUAGGCUGGUUUUGCUUCCAAUAAGGAUUAAUUAUAUCUUAGUAAUUACAGCAAACCUUUCUUUAUUCUGACUGUUAUUGGGUUUUGCACUAACGUGCAGAUUUAUUAUGUGGUGUAAAAAUCAAUGGAAUAAUUCGCCACACACAGUCAGGCAUCACUGUGUAAAAAACAGCAUAACAAUUGUGCUUUUUCUUUGAGCAACUUCCACCGGAAAUUACUUAAAAAAGGUCUAAAGCGGUGUAAAAUAACAGCAGCAAAUCAAGUGUUCGCAUGAUCUAAAAUAACACACAGCUUGCUAAAUUUUUGGGCAAAAUUUCAUUUCAGCAAACAAAUAGUAGUCAGCGGGAUGCAGACUUUUUAAAAAUGAUGUACUAUAUCUUUGUAUUUAUGUAAUUUAUCAUGUAUCAAUAAUGUUC